AGCCAGAUCCAGUGGAUAUUCUGUUUAAAAACCUAAAAGGGGCGGUGCCUCUCCUUUGACCCAAGCAAAAGGACACCAGAAACCCAAACACUCUCAAAGGACUGAGCUGGCGUCUUCUGACGACAGUUCACCGACGGCCUUCCGCAGGCAACCUUAGGCUCCUGCAGACUUGGAGCAGAAUGCUGGGGGAGUCGGUGCUGCCUCAACCUCCCGCAGGGUGGCACCGGGAAGAGUAGGUUAAAUGGGUAAGACGAGGCUCGCUCCCUCUGCUCUGAAGCCGCCAGUGAACUGGCCCAAAAUAAAAAGGUCUCUGUCUGCAAUCCCCGUUUGCUCGCCCGGUAAUCCACCCCCGCCCCCAGCCCGCGCGCCGACCCGUACAGCUGUUUUUAAUCCCUACUUUUCUCACUUGGCGUCCGGGCUGUGGCUGACCAGACGCGAAGCCACUUAGUGUUUCCUCCUCCCCCAGCCGGGGUCUGUCCUGCCUCCGCCGUCUCCUCUUUCUCCGCCUGCAUCCCCCGGGGGGCAGAGUGUGGGAAGAACGAAUUUCCGCCGGGUUUGUUCGCUCCUCGCAGUCAUGGGUCCCUUCCGGACGCAGCCUGCGCGGCCCCCAGGCUGCCCACUUCGGCUGCGCUCCGAGUCCCUCCGGGCCGCGAGCGAACAGGCGCUGGAGACGCAGGCCUAGCGGCCGGUGCUCUGCAGCCAAGCCGCACCCCAGCAGCUCUUGGAAGGGAUCCCGCCUACAGAAGGGGAAUCCGCUUGGCGGGGAGAAUCCGCGCCAGGGAAUCCAGCUCUCCGGACUCCAGAGCAAACAAAAAGCACCAACUCUUGCUCGCUCCUCCCGCCCCCGACGCGCAUCCGAAGAAACAGUUUUCUGCAGAAAUGCAACAAGUAGCACCCGGGGCUCGUCGAGCGCCCAGCGCCUCCUGAUUUGACUCCGCGAAGCCCGCCUGCGGAGACCCGGACCGGUCACCGGGACAAAGGGUAAAGGAAGGGCUGGACCCAGCAGCAGAGAAGUCUGAGACAGGCAUUUUAGCGACUCUGGCCCUGCCGAAGGGAAUGCAGAGGAGACACAGAGUCGGCCGGCCCAGAGGACGACCCGGCCUCAGCGCGCUGAGCGGGCGGCGAUGGAGGGUGUCGGCGCCGUGCGCUUCUGGCUCAUGGUGUGCAGCUGCCUGGCGUUCCCGCCGCGGGCGGCCGAGUCCGUGUGCCCCGAGCGCUGCGACUGCCAGCACCCCCAGCACCUCUUGUGCACCAACAGGGGGCUCCGCGCGGUGCCCAAGACCAGCUCGCUGCCUAGUCCCCAGGACGUCCUCACCUACAGCCUAGGCGGCAACUUCAUCACCAACAUCACCGCCUUCGACUUCCACCGCCUGGGGCAGCUCAGACGGCUGGACCUGCAGUACAACCAGAUCCGCUCUCUCCACCCCAAGACCUUCGAGAAGCUCUCGCGCCUGGAGGAGCUGUACCUGGGGAACAACCUCUUGCAGGCGUUCGCUCCUGGCACGUUGGCUCCCUUGCGCAAGUUGCGCAUCCUUUACGCCAACGGUAACGAGAUUGGCCGCCUUAGCCGCGGCUCCUUCGAGGGCCUGGAGAGUCUCGUGAAGCUACGGCUCGACGGGAAUGUGCUGGGGGCUCUGCCUGAUGCAGUCUUCGCUCCCCUGGGCAACCUGCUCUACCUACAUCUGGAGUCUAACCGGAUCCGCUUUUUGGGCAAGAAUGCCUUCGCCCAGCUUAGCAAGCUUCGAUUCCUCAACCUCUCUGCCAACGAGCUGCAGCCCUCCCUGCGCCAUGCGGCCACCUUCAUCCCUCUGCGGUCCCUCUCCACUCUCAUCCUCUCCUCUAACAGCCUGCAGCACCUCGGCCCCCGCGUCUUCCAGCACCUGCCACGCCUUGGCCUGCUCUCCCUCAGCGGCAACCAGCUCACACAGCUCGCGCCAGAGGCCUUUUGGGGCCUGGAGGCCCUGCGAGAGCUGCACCUUGAAGGCAACCGGUUGAGCCAGCUUCCCCUGGCCCUGCUGGAGCCUCUGCACAGCUUGGAGGCGCUAGAUCUGAGCAGCAAUGAGCUUUCUGCUCUGCACCCCGCCACCUUUGGCCACCAGGGCCGUCUACGUGAGCUCAGCCUGCGCGAUAACGCGCUCAGAGCCCUUUCUGGAGACAUCUUCGCUGCCAGCCCGGCUCUCUACCGCCUAGAUCUAGACGGCAACGGUUGGACCUGCGACUGCCGGUUGCGGGGUCUGAAGCGUUGGAUGGGCGACUGGCAUUCUCAGGGGCGCCUUCUUACCGUCUUCGUGCAGUGUCGCCACCCCCCGGCCCUGCGGGGCAAGUACCUGGAUUACCUGGAUGACCAAUUGCUGCAAAAUGGGUCUUGCGUGGACCCCUCGCCUUCCCCUACAGCAGGCAGUAGGCAGUGGCCUCUAUCCACAGCCACAGGGAAAGGGAUGACGCCCCCUGCAGGGGGUCUUGCGCAGGAGCUGCCACCGCAGCCCCAGCCCCAGCAGCGGGGGAGACUUCUACCAGGAGUGGACUGGGGCGGGGCUGCCAAGGAGCUACUGGGCAACCGCAGCUCACUAAGAUUGAGCCGGAGGGGUCCAGGCCUGCAGCAUCAGGGCCCCUCCACCGCUGCUGCUUUGGGUCCUGCCCCACAGUCCCUGGACCUGCACGAGAAGCUUGAGAGAGCUCGUCCCACCCGUGCCAAUCUUGCUCAGGCGGAGCCCACCUCGACGGCUGAGCCCACCUCCGGGACACCAUCUGCCAGGGACAGCUGGCAGCGCGCAGCAAGGCAGCGCCUAGCCUCUGAGCAGCAAGAGCGCGCAGUCCUGUCCGACGGUGGGGUGGGCUUGCCACCGCUGGUAUCUGACCCCUGUGACUUCAAUAAAUUCAUUCUGUGCAACCUGACGGUGGAGGCGGUGAGCGCCAACAGCGCCUCUGUGCGCUGGGCGGUUCGCGAGCACCGCAGCCCCAGGCCGCUGGGCGGCGCACGCUUCCGCCUGCUCUUCGACCGCUUUGGCCAGCAGCCCAAGUUCCAGCGCUUCGUCUACCUGCCCGAGCGCAGCGACUCGGCUACGCUGCACGAGCUGCGCGGGGACACUCCUUACCUAGUGUGCGUGGAGGGCGUGCUCGGGGGCCGAGUUUGCCCCGUGGCCCCCCGGGACCACUGUGCAGGGUUGGUAACCCUGCCAGAGGCAGGAAGUCGAGGCGGCGUCGACUACCAGCUCCUGACCUUGGUCUUGCUGGCUGUCAACGCGCUGCUGGUACUCCUGGCUCUGGCUGCCUGGGGAUCUCGGUGGCUGCGGAGGAAACUGCGAGCCAGGCGGAAGGGAGGGGCCCCUGUCCACGUUCGUCACAUGUACUCCACCCGACGGCCGCUGCGUUCCAUGGGCACAGGUGUGUCUGCGGACUUCUCGGGCUUCCAGUCACACCGGCCCCGCACCACUGUGUGCGCCCUCAGCGAGGCGGACCUCAUUGAGUUUCCCUGUGACCGCUUCAUGGACAGCACUGGCGGUGGGGCUGGGGGCAGCUUGAGGCGGGAGGAUCACCUCUUGCAAAGAUUUGCUGACUAGAUUUAGUGCCUCGGUGUGGCAACCAUCCCGCUGGCCUUGAGGAGCCUCUCCCUGGCCCGGUGCCAUCUCAGAGGAAGACCUGUUUUAUUACACCUCUUCUUUCGCCCUUUUGUGCCUUUGCUGAAGCCAAGGGGUACCGAAAGUGAGUCUGGACGCCACCAUUCACGUCCCAGUACUCACAGAGCAAGUGAAUAGGUCUUGUUUGUCAAACUCAAGAGAGGGGACAAUUGGGUGGUGGGGUAAAGCCUCGAUACGCCUAGGGCAUGACUCCUGUGUUCUAUCAGCAAGUAACUUGGCUGACCUUGAGCUAGAAAGGGUGCUUUACGCUCCCCCGCCAUAGCAGGAAGACUCUAGGUUGUAAGUUUGUUUGCUCUAUGGUGGAGUACUGCUCCCAGUUAAGGAAGGGGGGGGAACUUAACCACCAUCACAAAGGCGCCCAGCAACUGACCUCACCGAUCUGGUGGUCUCUGUGAGAUGGCAGGGUAAAUAGGUACCACACUUUCCCAGGAACCCCUUUCUGUUGGCUGGUAGAGCGCACCGGAAGUCAUAAGGUUUAAACCUUUUCCAACUAUAUGAAGAACAUUUAAUAAACUGACCAAUAAACUCCAAGGCUCUUGUGACUGGACUGGACUCCUACUGUUUAUCCUGAACAGGAUGUUUUUGACCUUUUGCCGACCUUUGGGUAACUGAGUUUGUUCUCCGGAGAAGGCGGCAUGCAAUACUUCUCCACUAGGUUUAUACCUGUGGUUUUAAUGUUGUUUUUAAAAUCUAUAUAUGGAAAAAAUAGAAUGCCAGAUUUGAUAACAAAACAAAAAAUGCAGUAUGCAUGAAACCGAUGACUCCCUAGGGCACCGCAGCCUUCAAGCUCACUUGCCACAUUUCUGAUAGCACGUCUACAUGGUAUAAAUGGGACUUGCUUCUCAUUGCAUUUCAUCACGCUAUUUCUGAGUAGUGUGGUUAGGCAAUAAGCACAAGGUGAUUGUCAGGCUGGACACUGGGUCUAGUGGUGAUAUGCUUGUGAGGCUCUAAGUCCACCCCAGUAGCACAAAGCAAAGCAAUGGGCAAUUGUGCGUUAGUGUAACCUCUGACCACAUUACAAUAGAAGAUAAGAAAUUGUGUGAAACAAAUGUGAAAAAAAUACACAGUAGUGUCUACUUCUACUAAAUCCAGAAGAUCCUGAGUACUUAACCCUCACUGUGAAAUAAUUACAUGUUUUUAUAUGUUGUACAAAUUAGUUCCUUCAGUAGCCAGUGUUUUACUGUGUUAUUAAAUCUUACCUUUUAGUGGUAGUUGCAUUAUUAUUUUCUUAUGUUUUUUUAAAUUUAGGAUUAGUCUCCUGCAUUUGUUUAGUUGUGAUUUUUUUUUUAGCUAUUUGGGAUACUUUGCAUCCCUGAUAUUUAUGAUGUCUGUGUUUAUAUUAAAUGUAGUGGUUGGGUUCACAUUAAUAAUUCGUGUGUGGUCCAAGUACAUUCACUAAGAGGGUGUACACUGUGGUUACAGUCACCGUGGUUAUGGAUUUAUUAGCAGUGAGGUACUGUGCAGGUCAGCCAGUUCAAGGUGCUACAGCUAACAGUGACUCUUCUGUUUCAGGCCUCAGGUCCCUGAAGGUCCCAAUGACUCAGGGAAUCCAUCACAGUCCAGGGCCCUUCAGCCCGGCCACUCUGUGCUUAGCUCUCGUGAGCCCUGCUGCCUUGUCCCAGCAGCUGAGGGCCCAGGGGUCUAAAUGAGCUGAGGGCCCAGGGGUCUAAAUGAGCUGGUCUUUGUUUAUGUCCGGAUGAGUAAAUGUCCAGACCACUUAAGCCACAGCUGCUUUUCUGGCAGCCUUAUCUGCACGGCCCAAACUUAAUAAACCACAGGAAAUGGACUGUCAUUCCGUGUUUGCUGCCAGGCCUUGUUUUAGAUUCCCAGCGUAUGGUACGUGGGAGGAGGGAGGUGGGGCUGUUUGCUCCUAUUUUCAACCUGCAGUCUAUCUGGCACCUUCUGUAUAACGCACAAUUUUUCAUGCACAGCACAGUUGCAUUUCUUAGCUGUUUCUUUUAGACAGUGUAAAACUGCGGCCCAUUGAAAGUCUGGAAAAAAAAAACACUGAUUGGAGCUACCACCUGCCUUUUUCAACUGUAGAAUAUCACCCAAAAUGUUUAAGGCCUGGCUUAAAACAGUUUCACUGAAGUGUCUUUUUCAGUGAGGAAUGAAUAAAUGUUAUACGUUGUUAUGUUCAGUUAUGUCAAUAAACCCACAUACUAAUGGA